GGCGGCGGCGGCGGCUCCGGCUAGUGCUCGGCGCGGGCUGAGAUUGCUCUCGGCCCCCUGCCCUCGGCUCCCGGCCCGCGGCGGCGCACCCCCCGCGCUCCCAGCACCCCGCGCCCCCCGCACCGGCGCUCGGCCCCGCGGCGGGCGGAGGAGCUGCCAUGCCGCCGCGGCGCAGCAUCGUGGAGGUGAAGGUGCUGGACGUGCAGAAGCGGCGGGUGCCCAACAAGCAUUAUGUCUACAUCAUCCGAGUCACAUGGUCCAGCGGCUCCACUGAGGCCAUUUAUCGGCGCUACAGCAAAUUCUUUGACCUCCAGAUGCAGAUGUUGGACAAAUUUCCCAUGGAAGGAGGACAGAAGGACCCCAAACAGAGGAUCAUUCCCUUUCUACCAGGCAAAAUCCUCUUCCGGCGAAGCCACAUCCGGGACGUGGCCGUCAAACGCCUGAUACCAAUAGAUGAAUACUGUAAGGCCCUGAUCCAGCUGCCCCCCUACAUCUCUCAGUGUGAUGAGGUGCUGCAGUUCUUUGAGACAAGACCUGAGGACCUGAAUCCCCCAAAAGAGGAGCACAUUGGGAAAAAGAAAUCUGGGGGUGACCUGACCUCGGUGGACCCCAUGGUCCUGGAGCAAUAUGUGGUGGUAGCCAACUACCAGAAGCAGGAGAGCUCGGAGAUCAGCCUCAGCGUGGGGCAGGUGGUGGAUAUCAUUGAGAAGAACGAGUCAGGUUGGUGGUUCGUCAGCACCACCGAAGAGCAAGGCUGGGUCCCUGCCACGUGCCUCGAAGGCCAAGAUGGGGUACAGGAUGAGUUUUCCCUACAACCUGAAGAAGAAGAGAAAUACACAGUCAUCUACCCAUACACAGCUCGUGACCAGGAUGAAAUGAACCUGGAGAGAGGAGCCAUAGUGGAGGUCAUCCAGAAAAAUUUGGAAGGCUGGUGGAAGAUCAGGUACCAGGGCAAAGAAGGCUGGGCUCCUGCCUCCUACCUAAAGAAGAAUAGUGGGGAGCCUUUACCCCCAAAACUGGGCCCUGGCUCACCCACACACUCUGGUGCCCUUGACUUGGAUGGCAUUGCCCGACCGCAGAAUACAGGGGGCAGGGAGAGGGAGCUGCUCAACAACCAGAGGGACAUCCGAUUUGAAGGCCGGCCAGUGCCCGAUGGCGAUGUCAGGCAGAGAUCACCAAAGAUGAGGCAGAGACCCCCUCCUCGCCGGGAUAUGACCAUUCCUCGCGGUCUCAACCUCCCGAAGCCUCCCAUCCCACCCCAAGUGGAGGAAGAGUAUUACACCAUUGCUGAAUUCCAGACAACCAUCCCAGAUGGCAUCAGCUUCCAGGCGGGCCUGAAGGUUGAGGUGAUCGAGAAGAACUUGAGUGGCUGGUGGUACAUUCAGAUUGAAGAUAAGGAAGGGUGGGCCCCGGCAACCUUUAUUGACAAGUACAAGAAGACCAGCAGUGCCUCCAGGCCCAACUUUCUGGCUCCCCUGCCCAGCGAGGUGACCCAGCUCCGGCUCGGGGAAGCAGUAACAAUGGAGAACAAUACAGGCAUUGAAGCCACAGGCCCUUCCCGGCCCCUGCCCGAUGCACCACACGGUGCCGUGGACUCUGCAAUGCCAUGGUCCAAAGACUGGAAGAGUGUUAAGGACAUCCCAAGGAAGGCAUCUUCAGACAUGUCUGCCUCGGCAGGCUAUGAGGAGAUCUCAGACCCCGACCUGGAGGAGAAGCCCAGCCUCCCCCCGAGAAAAGAAUCCAUCAUUAAGUCAGAAGGGGAGUUGCUGGAGAGGGAACGGCAGAGGAUGGAGCAGCUCCGCAGCUCUUCCCCCAAGCCUCCGGGCAUGAUUCUGCCCAUGAUUCCAGCCAAACAUGCGCCCCCAGCCCGAGAGAGCAGGAGGCCAGAGCCCAAACCUGACAAAAGCAAACUGUUCCAGCUAAAAAAUGACAUGGGGCUGGAGUGUGGCCACAAGGUAUUGGCCAAGGAAGUAAAGAAGCCCAACCUCCGCCCUAUCUCCAAAUCCAAAGCUGACCUGCCAGAGGAGAAGCCAGAAGCUGUUCCCCAGAAUCCCUUCUUGAAGACCAAACCUCAGGUUAGGCCAAAACCAGCUCCUUCCCCCAGAACAGAGCCACCUCAGGGUGAAGACCAAGUGGACAUCUGCAACCUCAGGAGUAAGCUCAGGCCUGCCAAGGGCCAGGAGAAAUCCUCAUUGGAUGGAGAGAGCCACCAGGCUACUGGGGGCCAAGACAUGGCCUUCAGCCGAAGCUUCCUCCCAGGAGAGGGGCCUGGCCGUGCCCAGGAUAGGCCGGGCAAACAGGAUGGGCUCAGCCCAAAGGAGAUAUCCUGCAGAGCCCCUCCAAGGCCAGCAAAGACCACAGAUCCUUUGCCUAAGAAUGCGCCUGUCCCUCUCCAAGAGGCUCCCCAGCAGAGACCUGUGGUCCCGCCACGGAGGCCACCACCCCCCAAGAAAACCUCCUCAUCCAAGCCCCUGCUAGAGGUCAGAAGUCCACAGCAUGAAGCCAAUGACAGCAAGGCAGCUCCUGCUCCAGGCCGUGCGCUGCUUGUCCCUCCAAAAGCCAAACCUUUUCUCUCCAACUCCUUAGGAGGCCAAGAUGACGUGCGUGUCAAAGGUGGGCCGGGGCCACGAGGGGCCAGCAAAGUUGGAGAGAACAGGGAGAAAGCAGCUAUAGCCUCCCUCCCCAGCGCCGAUGGCCCGAAGGACUCUUUGUAUGUGGCUGUGGCCAACUUUGAAGGAGAUGAAGAUACCAGCAGCUUCCAAGAGGGAACGGUGUUUGAAGUCCGGGAAAAGAACAGCAGUGGCUGGUGGUUCUGCCAGGUCCUGAGCGGGGCCCCUUCAUGGGAAGGAUGGAUUCCUUCCAACUAUCUCAGAAAGAAGCUGUAGUCACCUCCCUUUCUAUCUAGAGGGCCUGCUGGUCCCUGCUGGCUUUACUCCCGUAUUUAAUAUGCCUCUUAAUUUAUCAUUCUCCACCCAGCUUCUAAGGCAGACAGACUCUGGAGUACUGUGGUUUCCUCCCCGCAGGGUCAGGAGUGAGUUGUGGGAGCCCCUGGGUCUGAUCCCUCCCAUCACAGCAUCCCUGGAGGAUCAGAAUCCGCAGUCCUGGCUUUCUGUCCACCGUCUACAUCCCUGCCUUAAGAGAACUCCUCCUCCUGGCAAUUGGCAUUGUCACCCAGCAGUCAGACCAUGACUCCAAGGCCUCUAGGACUAGAGGAGAGACUCCAGAAAGUGUCUCUUGUUGUGUGGAUGAGGCACACCAAGGGUCAGCCCACCCAGUCCAUGAAAACCUGCUCUCACUUCCUUAUGUUUCUAAAAGCCCAGUGGCUUUAUUGACUGUUUUCCAAAUGCCUGGUACCAGGAAGAACUUAAUCCUCUAGAAGUCAGUUUCCAGCAAGUCCCAGGGAAGGUGUCCUCUUUCCCCAGGCCUCAGACCCAUGAGCUUCUGAGGGUCAACUGGAUGCAGCUAUCCGAGGAGUAGCCUGGAGGUGCACUCAGCCACCCUGCCUCCCGUCUGCUAACUUGGGACCACAAUCAGCCCUAAAGGGUGGUUUCAGCCCUGAGCAUGCUGCACCUUCCUCCUGCAGGCUCCAGUCCAUCCAGGGCUUUUAUUUUUUGGUAGCAGCAAUCAUUGUUGUUUGGCAGGGCCCAGGCUGGAUUCGAACCCGCUAGCUCAUGUGUAUGUGGCUGGCGCCUUAGUCGCUUGAGCCACAGGCGCCGAGCUGAUCCAGGGCUUUUAAAUAAGAUUACCCACUCCCCACAUGGAGCAUUUUGUUUUUGUCUACCCAGAGCAAGAGUUUCAAAGUUAGUUUGAAUAGGCCAUUCACAAGCCAGGCCUCUUGUGAGUACCCCUUCACUGAGCAGCCGGCAGGUGCCAAGCACUGUAUUUGCCACUUUGUAUUCAUGUUGGAUCCUCCUAACAACCCUCCCUUAUAAUACCAUUUUAUAGAUGAGGAAACUUGGGCUGAAUGCAUCCAAGAUCACACUAGCUAAGAAAAGGAGGAGAGAGGAUUUGAAUCCAGGCCUGCCAGACUUCAAUGCCUUUGCUCUUUCCCCUGUAAGAGGCAAGCCAGGCAGGGUAAGAUAGAAGCUGCUGGAUGCCUGGAGCAGAUAGCCCAUCAACAAUUGCUUCUCCAUGGCAGAGGGAGGCCAGGGUCCUGGUAGUUAGCACAGAGCCCUGUUUCCAGGCUUGCGCCCGCCCCACACCAUAGGAAGGAGCUGUGGAGCAAAGGGAACUGAGGUAGUCUCAUGUGCCAGCCUCGAGGUACCCUGGUGGCUUGAAGAUCAGCAGCUCGAUCUCCAUCAAACUAAACAUAACAUGCAGUAGCCCCUAAGGAGACAGUGCCCCCCCUGUCACUGCUUCCUGCUCCUCUCUGGCAGUGUAGAGUGGCUUUCUUUUUUUUUUUCAUGCACUCUCCCAGUGUAUUUUCUCCCAGGGAGAAGGGCAGGCCUUCCAUUCAUUUUGAAGAUGUGGUUAACAGAGGCGUAGAGAGGCGUGGCAAAGGUGUUGCAGAACCCGAUUCAGGACCCAAGGUUUCUAGCUUCCAGCCCACAAUUCGUGCUUGGGAACUAAGCUUCCUGGGGAGUCAGAGAGCAAAACAUCUUCCAGUCACAGCUGAGCCUGCAGGAGAAGAGAAGGUAGCCCUGCCCUGUCCUGCCCUAGCAAUUCCUCAUGGUCAUCUGCUGUAUGUUUUCGGAACCACAAAGGCAGCUUUCCUGGGGAUGCUCACUAUCUACCCACAGGCCAAAGAUUGUGUGCAAAUAGCCCUCUUCUCCACCCUGCCUCUACCGCAUGGGCUUUGGCUGCUUCUGCUGGAGAAAGCUUCCUCAUCUCCAGUAGCAUCUGUAGUCCCUUCCUCCAGUCACCUACAAAUCACAUCGCCCAGAAAGGCUUGGGGCAGGGCCCCUUAGCUUUGUGCCCAGAACUGUGGGAACAGGUGGCAGCCAGGGGAAGAAAGGAGGCUGGGGAGGGUUGCCUCCUCUCGAAGGUCCCCUCACUUGGGAGGAGGCCCCAUGGCAUAGUUUUCCUGAGUUUUGAUCUAAUUUGGCUUAGAUGGCUUUUGUGAAGCUGUUAUAUAUGAUUUGACUACAUUUCAAAAGACAAAACUCUGAUUUUUUUUCUUUUUCUUUUUUGAGACAGAGUAUCAUUCUGUUGCCCCAGGCAGAGUGCCAUGGCAUCACAUAGCCCAUAGCAACCUGAAACUUCUGGGCUCAAGCAAUCCUCUUGUCUCAGACUCCCAGUUUUCCUUUUUCCUGGAACAACAGGCACCUGCCACAAUGCUCGGCUAGGAUUCUUUGGUUUUUUUGUUUGUCUUUCUCUUUUUGGUAGAGGCAGGGUCUCAAACUCCUAAGCUCAAGCAGUCCUCCUGCCUAGACCUCCCAGAGUGCUAGGAUUACAGGCAUGAGCCACCCCACCUGGCCAGAACUCUGAUUUGCUUUUGACUCUCAGUGACCUUGUCAGGAAUUUUGUGAGUUGUGAGUGCCUACUCUGCGCUAGGUGCUGAGUAGACUGGGAUGUGUGUGGCUCCAUCUCUGCCUGUGAAGAGCUUUGAGUUUUGCCUGCUGACUUCACUGAAGGAGUUUUUCUUUUGCCUCAUCCUUUCCUCCCACGAGUCCUAACAGCUGAUAGGGAAUGGACUGGCUCCACUUUCUCUGGACACAAAGUUUUCUUGCAAAUGAAAGAGUUUGCUUUUUUUUUUUUUUUUACUAGUAUUAUUAUUAUUAUUACUGUUCUAACAUGAACUAUAGGUACAGAAGCCACAUUCCUCUGUUCACUGUCCAUUGCCUGGGUCAUGCCUCGGGCUCAGGACUCUUCCAUCCAGCUCCUUUUUGCUA